AUGUCAUCAUCCCUGGCUCCUCGAAAGCCGCGGUCAUCGCUAGUGCAAUCGCCACUACAAUCGUCAUCGACAAGAGCGGACUCCAAGACUUUUAUGGAUACCAGGCAAGACGGCAUGGCCGACGGCCAAGGUGAGGUGUCCCAAAGCUUCGCCAGAUCGCCGAUAGUCACCAUGAUAGUCGGACCGGGCAAGGUCGAAUACACGGCUCACAAAGCAAAGCUGAUAGAGGCGAGCCUGUUCUUCCUGAGAUGCUUCGGGGUCGGGAUGAAGGAGGCCAGGACGAACAAGAUCACGUUGCCAGAGGACGACGCCGUGGUCUUCGGCCACUUCAUCGACUGGGUGUACUACUCGAAAACCCGACGAGUCGUCAACACCGUACAAUCGAUCAGAGAAUUGUUGAAGGCCUGGCUUCUUGCCGACAAGUUCUGCAUGCCACGCUGGCAGAACAGCAUCAUCGAGUCACUGGCGGACUUCUGGAUCGAGUUCAACGUGGCACCCAGCGCCGUGAUGUGGGUGGCCGAGCAUGUCCCCACACACAGCCCCUUGUUCGCCUUUGUGGUUGAACAAUUUUCGUGGGACCUUGCCCGCUGCGACAGCCCUGAUGAACUCGGUGAGGAUCUUUCGAGAAUGGAUGACUUGUUGGCAAACUCCACAUUUUCCAGCCGGAUACUUUGGACAUCGAUGGCAGUCGCGAAAGAAAAGUACGGGGGGAAUGAGCCGACGCAGGCCGUUCAAGAGUACUAUGUUCCCUUAUGA